CCUCCCCCAGCAUUGGGUGACUGAAGAAGAAGAUCUCUGCAACCAGCAGAGGAACUUCAGAGAUGAACAAAAGGAUCUAGAACUUCCACAGACUAAAGAGGUACUGAAGGAACCAGAACAUCCACAGAUUGAAAUGAAACAGGGGGAAAAAGAACCUUCACAGAUUAAAGAGGAACAGGAGAAACCAGAACCUCCAUGGGUUAAAGAGGAGCAUGAACACAUCUGCAUCAGUCAGGAUAAAGAGCAGCUUGAUCUGAAGCAGGAGAUUGAUACUUUGAUGGAGAAGAAAAAAGAAAAGAGACUUCCCUCUAUUAAGUCUGAUGAAGGAAAAAUUAUUGCACACAAUGUGUCUGCCCACACGAGAGCUAAGUCUGAUGGAAGACCUCAUGUUUGUAAAGAAUGUGGUAAAAGUUUUCAUCACUUGUCCCAGUUAACAACUCAUAUGAGAAUUCAUGCAAGAGAGAAGCCUUUUUACUGUAAAGAAUGUGAUAAAAGUUUUACUUAUGCAUCUAGUCUCAAAAAGCACCUUCUGACUCAUACCGGAGAGAAGCCUUUUUAUUGUCAAGAAUGUGAUAAAAGUUUUAGUCAUAUAUGUUACCUCAAAAUGCACACGAGAACUCAUACCGGAGAGAAGCCUUUCUAUUGUCAAGAAUGUGACAAAAGGUUUAGUCAAGCAUCUAAUCUCAAAUCGCACGUGAGAACUCAUACCGGUGAGAAGCCCUUUUACUGUCAAAAAUGUUGCAAAUGUUUUAGAAAUAUGUCUCAUCUUAACGAACACAUGAGAACUCAUACCGGAGAGAAGCCCUUUUAUUGUCAAAAAUGUAAUAAAAGUUUUAGAAAUACAUCUAAUCUCAGAACACACAUGAGAACCCAUACCGGAGAGAAGCCUUUUUGUUGUCACGAAUGUGACAAAAGUUUUAGUCAAGCAUCUAGUCUCAAUUCGCACAUGAGAACUCAUACAGGAGAGAAGCCCUUUUACUGUCAAAAAUGUUACAAAUAUUUUAGAAAUAUGUCUCAUCUUAACGAACAUAUGAAAAGUCAUACCGGAGAGAAGCCUUUUAAUUGUCACAAAUGUAAAAAAAGUUUUAGAAAUACGUCUCAUCUCAAAGUACACAUGAGAACCCAUACCGGAGAGAAGCCUUUUUGCUGUCAAGAAUGUGAUAAAAGUUUUUGUCAAACAUCUAAUCUCAAAGCACACAUGAGAACUCAUACAAGAGAGAAGCUUUUUUGUUGUCAAGAAUGUGAUAAAAGUUUUAGUCAUGUGUCUCAUCUCAAAGUACACAUGAGAACCCAUACCGGAGAGAUGCCUUUUUGUUGUCAAGAAUGUGACAAAAGUUUUAGACAAUCAUCUAAUCUCAAAUCACACAUGAGAACUCAUACCAGAGAGAAGCCCAUUUACUGUGAAGAAUUUGAUAACAGUUUUAGUCAUUCAUCUAGUCUUAAAAGCACCUUAUAACUCGUACCAGAGAGAAGCCUUUUAAUUGUCAAGAAUGUGAUACAAGUUUUGACGGAUAUAUUACCUCAAAAUACACAUGAGAAUUCACAAAAGAGGGAAGCCUUUAUGAUGUCAAAAAUAAAAAUAAAACAAAAAUAAAAUCAUUGCCUAAUUUUGUUGGUUUUAUUGGAUUACAUUACUUUUUUUUAAUCGCCAUUUCUUGUUUACAAGUUGUUGUGUUGACCUUUGUGGUUGUAG